AUGGCCUCCCCGCGCCUCGGGACCUUCUGCUGUCCCACGCGGGACGCCGCCACCCAGCUCAUGAUGAGCUUCCAGCCGCGGGCGUUCCACGCGCUGUGCCUGGGCAGCGGCGCGCUCCGCCUGGCGCUCGGCCUCCUGCAGCUGCUGCCCGGGCGCAGGCCCGCGGGCCCCGGGGCGCCCUCGACAUCCCCGCCGGUGUCUACCCGCGCCCCGGCAUCCACCCGAAUCCUACGCGCCGUCGCCGCCUGCGACGUGCUCGGCUGCCUGGGUAUCGUCUUCAGGUCGGCGGUGUGGUUAGGAUUCCCUGCUUUCGUGGAAAACAUCUCUGCCGUGAACGCGACAGACAUUUGGCCUGCCGCCUUCUGCGUGGGGAGCGCGGUGUGGAUCCAGCUGCUGUACAGCGUCUGCUUCUGGUGGCUGUUCUGCUACGCGGUGGACGCCUACCUGGUGAUCCAGAGGUCGUCGGGACUGAGCAUCAUCCUGCUGUACCACAUCAUCGCCUGGGGCCUGGCCGCCCUGCUCUGCGCCGAGGGGCUGCUCAUGCUGUACUACCCCUCCCUGUCCAGGUGUGAGCGGGACCUGGAGCACGCCGUCCCGCACUACAUCACCACGUACCUGCCUCUGCUGCUCGUCCUCGUGGCCAACCCCGUCCUGUUCCGGAAGACAGUGACCGCAGUGGCUUCCCUGCUGAAAGGGAGACAAGGCAUCUACACGGAGAAGGAGAGACGGAUGGGAGCCAUGAUCAAGACCCGCUUCUUCAAAAUCAUGCUGGUCUUCGUGAUCUGUUGGUUGUCCAACAUCAUCAACGAGUCCCUUCUAUUCUAUCUUGAGAUGCAGCCGGAUAGCACCGAAGGGGCUUUGAAAUAUGUCAGAAAUGCGGCCAAGACCACGUGGUUCAUUAUGGGCAUCCUGAACCCAGCCCAAGGCUUUCUCUUGUCCCUGGCCUUCUACGGCUGGACAGGCUGCAGCCUGGACUUCCAGUCGUCCCGGAAGGAGAUCCAGUGGGAAUCCAUGACCAGCUCUGCCGCCGAGCGGGCCGGCCCGGCCCACGAGGGCUCCUGCGCGCCCCCCGACGGCCCCGCGGCCAGGAAGGGGGUGCGCGCGGGCGGGCACACCUCUGACGAGGCCCUGAGCAUGCUGUCUGAAGGUUCCAACACCAGCACCGUCGAGAUCCACAUCGCGAGUGGGCCCCGCGCCGUGAGUGAGGCCGACGGUGUUCCCAGGGUCCAGGGAGACCUGUGAGGGGCAUGGCAGGGUCCCCAGCCCACAUCCUCCACGCUGUGCUCCUCGUCCUUCAGACCCGUGUUCGCCCCACCCCCCUCUCUGUGGAGACAGUGUGCACUUGGGGACAGAAGAUGUCCUUCUAGACCAGCGAUUUUCAACCAGUGCACCACCAGAAUUUUUAAAACAUGCAACAUCAGACUAGUCAAAUAGAAAAACUAGAUUGUCAAAUAAAAAAAAGUGACAACAGUCAUACAGCCAUAGUUGUCUGGUGUGAAUGGAUCAAAGUUAUACCUAUUCUUUUGCUCAGACUGGCAAACAUAUUUUUUGGUGUGAAGAAUUUCAGUAAUUAGUUUGUGGGUGCCAUGAGAUGGAAAUCACUGUUCUAGACCCCCACUAUUAGGCAGCUU